AUGACUGAAACAAUAACCCUGAACACCCAAACCCUCUUCGGAGCGGAGGACGCUGCCAUAGAGACAUUCGAAGUACCAGUUAGCCGUUCAGUCCAUGGCAAGUCGUUCCCCCUCGGCAUUAAGCCGAGAGAUGGUACAGCAUUCGCCAAUGUCGAUGAUGCGGCCGGACACAUUGCAAAACUUGCAGAAGAAGGCGUCUUUAACAGUCUCUUAACAAACCAUGGUGCUAUUUUGUUCCGUGGAUUUCCCUUAAAGGACGCUGCAGACCUGACAAAAUUCAUCAAAGCUUUCAAGCUCCCACAUCCGCAUGAAGAGGUUGGGCUCUCGGGAAAAAGAAGGACAGUGGGUGAUAUCGUGAAGACUGCGAAUGAGGAGCCCCCGCACAUUAAGUUCUAUUAUCACAAUGAAUAUGGCCGUAGUGCUCAUUUCCCUGGAAUUCUAUUCUUUUUCUCCGAGGUUGUUCCCGAACAAGGCGGCCAAACACCCCUCUUAUCAACAAUCGAGUUGUAUGACAAACUUCAAGAUGAACUACCCGAAUUCGUUAAGGCACUCAUAGCCAAAGGAAUAACCGGUCGCCAGUACUACCCAGCAAAGGAAGACCCGGAUAGUGUGAAAAUCGGCUGGAAUUGGCAAGACUCGUUUGGAUUUGAUAUCAAGGAAGGUGACUCACUGGACACUCAACGUCGCAAGGUAGAGAACGUAUUGGAAACCCGCCUACAGGCCAAAGCAGAGUGGCAGCCCAACGGCGCCCUCCAUGUCCUUCAACACCUACCUGCGUUUCGACGCAUUGUCUCCACUGGACAAAUUGUACCCUUUAAUGGUCUUGGUGGUGUCUACGGUCGUCAGCGAGAUAGGGAGGCCCUUUUGCCACCGUACAAGGGGGUCGACGACAACUACCAUUUGCCCACUACGUAUGGCGAUGGCUCAGAAAUUCCACAUGAAUAUUUGGAGCGAUUGCUAGAGAUUUCCGAUCAAAUAGGAUUUCUAGUUCCCUGGAAAGAAGGGGAUGUGGCGCUGAUCGACAACUACACUGUUCAACAUGCAAGGUCACCUUGGGUAGGUGAAAGGUCAUUACUUGUUAGCCUCUGGGAUAGCCACGAGAAGCUUUUACCUGUAUAA